GUAGGUUUAGGCCCGGGUUGGUGUAUGUGAAGUACGUCGUUUCCACCCACAGGCCCAAAUUGCUGCCCAACUGUCUGUGAUCCCUGACAAAUACGUAGCACGUAGUCUAGUAUGUCCGACCGGCGCAGUUAGUACGCAGCCUCACCGAGCACUGCGCACCUGCCUCACCAUGGAGACGAAGACAGAGCGAUGGGUGGGACACGAGUUGGCACCGCUGGCUUCUGGCAAUGGUGGUGUCCAGAUCGUGCUGACCCCAGCUGAGCCGGCGGACGCUCCCCCGCGUGCCGCCUGGGACAACAAGAUGCAGUUCAUGCUGUCCAUCAUAGGCUACUCCGUGGGCCUCGGGAACAUAUGGAGGUUCCCUUACCUCUGUCAGCAGAAUGGUGGAGGUGCCUUCUUGAUUCCGUUCUUCAUCAUGCUAAUUCUGGAAGGCAUUCCAUUGUUCCUGAUUGAGCUCGGCAUUGGUCAGAAGAUGCGCCUCGGGUCACUCGGAGUGUGGAACACGAUCCAUCCGUGGCUCGGAGGCAUCGGAAUCGCCUCAUGUACUGUCACCUUCUUUGUUGCCUUGUACUACAAUGUUAUCAUUACUUGGUGUUUCUACUACUUUUUCAACUCUUUUCAGAGUCCGUUGCCAUGGUCGUACUGUCCAAAACUUCCCAACAACACAACAGUCCCGGAGUGCGAGAGGAGCUCUGAGACAGCCUACUUCUGGUACAGGACGACCCUCGACAUCGCCCCUACCAUGGAUGAGACAGGGGGGCUAAAAUGGUGGAUAGUGUUAUGUCUGUUACUUGCCUGGACAAUGGUCUUCUUCAUUGUUAUGAAGGGAAUACAGAGUUCUGGGAAGGUGGUUUACUUCACCUCGAUGUUCCCGUAUAUGGUGCUCACAAUUUUCUUCAUUCGUGGAAUAACGCUGAAAGGAGCUGGGGAAGGGAUCAAACACAUGUACACUCCGAAGGUGGAAAAGUUGUUGCAGCCGACGAUAUGGCUUGAUGCAGCCACUCAGGUAUUUUACUCCUUCGGCCUCGCGUUUGGCUCUCUCAUAGCGUUCGGGAGCUACAAUCCUCCUAAGAACAACUGCGUGAGGGAUGUGAUUCUGGUGUCAGUAUGUAAUGCGUUCACGGCAAUCUACGCUAGCAUCGUCGUGUUUACCAUCCUUGGAUUCAAGGCUGUCUCCAACGUAGAUAGAUGUAUUGAGAGCAACAAGAUGAAGCUUGAAAUCAGUGGUCUUUUGGAAAAAAAUGCAUCAUUAGAGAAGUAUGAGCUCUACAUUUCAAAAAUAUCAAAUGAAACUUUCCACGCCCACAACUUAGAAACAUGCAGUUUGUCAGAACAACUCGAUCAGGCAGCUGAAGGGACCGGCCUAGCUUUCAUAGUCUUCACUCAAGCCAUCGUUGAGUUGCCUGGAGCCCCAUUUUGGGCAGUCAUAUUCUUCCUUAUGCUGCUUUCUCUUGGAAUUGGCUCACAAAUUGGAAUUCUAGAGGGAAUGCUGUGUACUAUUUUUGAUAUUGAUCUAUUCAAAAGAAUUAGGAAACCUGUUUUAACAGCAUUUGUCUGUGGAAUCUGCUUCAUUGUGGGACUGAUAUUCUGCACGGGCGCUGGUGAAUAUUGGCUGAAAAUGUUUGACUCCUUCGCCGGGACCAUCGGUCUCGUCAUGAUAGCUCUACUGGAAAUGGUGGCCGUCAUGUUUAUAUAUGGACACGAAAAAUUCACUCAAGAUAUAGAAGACAUGACUGGUUACCGUCCGGGACUCUACUGGCAAGUAACUUGGAGGUUUCUAGCGCCUCUAAUCAUGUUUUGUAUCCUCGCUUCUUCAAUUGCAUUCCGGAUAAUUGAAAAACCCAGCUACCACGCAUGGAAUGGUGAACUGGGGCAAACGGAGGAAAAACCCUACCCAGGCUGGGUGCUGGUGAUCGCUGUGUUGAUGAUCAUUGCCAGCGUCAUUCCGAUCCUCCUUGUCUUUCUACUCCGUCGCUUCCAGUGCCUCAAGUUUGACGUGGACAUCCACCAAGGUGCAAUACGCCGAAUCGACACUACCGUUUCUACUAAGGAAAUGAUGACUGAUGUCGACCAGGAUGAGUUUCCCGAGGAAUCUCAGGAUGAAAGCGACGAUGACAUUGGGAUGAACUGCAAUGACCAGAUUGGCAAAGCGUUCAAGAUGGAAGUAUUGGACUUCUAGCAUAAGAAAGGCAAGCCAUCCAGGCUUGCCUAUUUGUGAGGUAUUACAGGACAAUUCUUAAGUACAGAUAGAAAACCAAGGUCAACUGAAUGGUUUUCUAUACCAGCAAUAAAGAAAUAUAACUCAUAUUACCACCAAAUGGUGAAAGUGUCAAUUGGGGUUAAUUAAUUAAACUAAAAUAGAGGCAGAAACACAAACACAUAGUAUUUGAGUGUAACAGACAAUUCACAGUUUACUACUGACAUUAUUAAUGUUAAUUAAAAAUUGAUGUCAUCAGAAAACACGACACAUGGAAAAUGCUGCCUCUUAAAAUCUCUUAAAAACAUUCGUUGAUGGGUAACAUCAAUGAGACAUUUGUUGUAACUCGAUGAAUAGAAAUUUAUGUGAUUCAUCAAAGAAAAAGUAGAACAGUUAACAUAAAAACAUGAAUUGAGUUGAUAACAUUCACAAGAUAAUGUUUAUUAAUGUCCUUUGAACAGAUAUCAACCUCUUGAAUCCCAAGCACUUUUUGUGAAGAGAGUACUAAACACACAAGACUGUAGACCUUUCAAUGCACAAUUUUAAUUUUAAGAGGUAAAUUUAAUGUUUGCAGAAACAAUUUCAAGGUUAAAAAAAUAAAAGGAGCCACGACAUUUUCAGAGAUCUUGUUGAAAUUGAAACAUUGGGUGCCGGUGCCUCAACGCAAUUAGGGGUGCAUGUGAUCAGUUUGAUAUGAUGACAGAUAAAGGUUUAGUCUUUCAACAACUAUCUUCAUUAUCAACUCUCUCUAUUUCCCUUGUCAAUCUAAGAUUUUUCUGGAAGGCUCAGAAAUCUCUCAAAAAAGAUUUUUAUUUACUUUUAUCAUUUCUUUCCAGAAUGCAAUAAUUCUGUGGUAAUCAAUGUCAAAAUAGAUUUUAAUUACUGGUACAUUCAGUUGAGAAUUUCCCACUCUUGAUAUUAUGUUAUAAGAAUAAGACGGUUUUAAGAUUAGGUAUAUCACCAUAUUGUCAAUUGUCAUGUGAGUUAAUAGUAUUGAUUUGAUUCACAAAACAUAUUUUAUAACUAGCAAAUGAAAAGUUGUCAAAUUUCAAAGUUUGAAAUCCAAUGAAAGUAAAAAUGUGAAACAAUAAAUAUUUAUUUACUUUUGAUGAACUUAACAUUCAAACAAACCAAAACAGUAAUUAUUUGUUUUCUUUCAGGAGUAAAACAUGUUCUAAUAAUGUAACUACUGUACCUACAUCUUCUCUUUUAAUUGAGGCAAAUUUUUGUAAGUCGCUGAGAACAAAAUGAUUCUUUAAUACCUAGGGAAAACACACAAUAACCCAUUUGUCAUCCACAUUAGCUGUUAAUAGCCAACACAGAAACCGUAUUGUUCACCAAAAUUAGUUUCAAUGAAAAAUAAUUAAUCAAAUUUCAAAUUGAAACAAACCGCUUUGUAAUGUCUAUGUGAGUAAAUUAUUGAAUCAGUUUUGAAUGUUUAAGUGACUAGAAUCAUGAAAAAAAUUUAGAUGUUAUUAUAAACAAAAUUUACACGAUGAACUAAUUCAAGAAUAGGAAAUGAUUUUUUAUUGAAUGAAGUAUAUAUACUAUAUAUUAUAUUUUUUAGAAUAAGCAAAGAUAUUACACACAACAUAUCAGUUUAAUUAUCUAGUGAGAAAUAUUUUCAAAACUGUAGGAACUAAUGCUUUACAAUCCGUCAGCUCAGCAAUACUUUUUGUCAAUAUUAUUUUGUAAAGGGUGUUUUUUUUAGAAAUAUACCACUUUUAAAUUAUAUAACACACAUUAAAAUUAUGCCAAUUACCAUGAUAAUGUAUUUUUUCAUUGGUACUUGUAUGACUUUAAGUUAUAAAAAAUAAAUUUGGGCAUGGAUGAUGCAGCUGGCUAACAUUACGGAUUAUGUCCGACAUCAUAUUUGAACAAAUAUGAGCCAAUGAGCCCAGCCACACCAAACAGCGACUUUUAAUGGAUGCAUGGCUUUUCAACAAUAUGGUCUUGGACUCCCUUCACUCCGAAUCCAGCAGUUUUGUGGGAAACGUAAAGCAACUAUUAUACACCAAUGAACCACACACAUUGAACGAUUUGGAAGCAAGCAUUUAUCAUAACUGCCGGUAAAUUGUUUCAGCUCCAGAGUAAAGUGAUGGAAAACUUGAAUUGCAGAUUUCGCUUCUUUAAAGCCAGCCGCAGCACCCAUAUCCUUGAAUUUAUUUUAAAACACUUGAUGGCAUAAAAGCACCAAUGUAUUAAAUUCAUUACUUGGUAGUUAAAGUAAUUAACUUUAUGUGUUUUAUAUUAUUUAAAAGUUGUGUUAUAAAAACUGCAGUAUUUUAUGUGAUUUAAUUGACAAUUGAUCACCAAAAUCUUUAAAAAAGUGAAGGAUAAUACCGGGUGAUUCAAAAUGAAUAGCCUGGUCUUAACGCUUUAUAACUUUUAUACUAUU